AUGAUGAAGGAACGAGCUGCUGCCGUCUGUCCAACUCAUCCUGUCCUCUGUUGUCCUCAGAGCUGCUGCCGUCUGUCCAACUCAUCCUGUCCUCUGUUGUCCUCAGAGCUGCUGCCGUCUGUCCAACUCAUCCUGUCCUCUCUUGUCCUCUCAGUCCCACAGGUAGAGGUGGACUCAGGGGUGGAGUCCGUCCUGCUGCCCUGCACAACCAAAGAGAAGCUGCCUGGAGACGUUAGAGUGGAGUGGAAGAGAUCAGACAGGAUGGUCCAUGUGUUUAAUAACGGUUCUGAUCGCCCUGAAGAACAGGACCAGGCCUACAGAACCAGAACCAGGAUGAAUGAAGACCUGCUGAGAACUGGAGACCUCAGUCUGACUCUGAGUUAUCCCUGUGAUCUUGGCUUACGGUCGUCUUACAAGGGAAACCUAAUGAUUGAAUGUUUUGGGACCUUCACCUGCAGCGUCUACAGCAGCAAAGGAGUCGUCAUGAUGGUGAAACAAGUUGAUCUAAAGGUCAAAGGCCUGAUGGAUAUUCAGCAAAUCCUGACCACAAUCACGGGGCAAGUCACUGAGCUCCAGCAGAGAGGGAGUGUGAAUGAGGAUCAAGCUGACAACCUGCUAGCACGCGUGUGUGCACUGGAAAAAGACAAUGCUUACCUUAAAGAAAAGGUGGAGGACUUGGAGAACCAGAGCAGGAGAUCCAACAUGCGCUUCAUCGGCGUACCGGAGAAGAUGGAAGGAGCAGAUAUGAUCGCUUUCAUUGGGCAGACGAUCCAGAGUGUCCUUGGAAAGGAGAAUUUCCCCGUGGUCCCACCGGAUAAGGUGAAGAUCCUGCGGCUGCCCAGGGAAAAGGGAAAUCUGCAGAUCGGCGCCAAUGAGUUCCACAUUUACCCAGAUUUUAGUCCUGGGCUCAUCAAAAAGCGUUGCUGUGUGGUGAAGGUGGAGGAGGGGGCGCAGUCUGUCCUGCUGCCAUUCAAGACAACACCUGAUCUGCCAGGAGAAGCUAGAGUGGAGUGGAAGGACAGCAGCUGGUGGAUAGUCCAUGUGUAUCAGAACGGUUCUGAUCAGCCUAAAGAACAGGAGCAGCUCUAUAAAGACAGAACCAGGAUGAAUGAAGACCCACUGAGAACUGGAGACCUCAGCCUGACUCUGAGACGACCAACAUGGAGAGACAACGGAGAGUACAGAUGUAGAGUCUGGAUGGAGGGAGAAAAGAGAGAACGGCUGAGAGUGAAAACAGUUAAUCUGAAAGUUACAGCAGGGACAGUCCAGGUCCAACCAGAGGACACCAGGACCAGGACCAGCUCUGUUGAUCCGACUCCUCUGCUGGCUGAUGAAUCAGUCUGA